GGACUGUAGACAACCACCCCAAAGAACCGCCACCACUAUUCGCCUCUCACUUCUCCCCAGGACCUCUGCCCCUAAGAGUCGAAUAUGCCGCGCGGAAGCAGGAGCCGGACCUCCCGGGUGGCCCCACCGGCCAGUCGGGCACCCCCAAUGAGAGCUGCACCUGCACCAGCAGCCCACCCUCCAGCAGCAGUCCCACCAUCUGCAGUUGCACCUCCUACUGCUGCACCCAGGCAGCCGGGUUUGAUGGCCCAAAUGGCUACCACCGCAGCUGGAGUAGCAGUGGGCUCAGCUGUGGGCCACACUAUUGGUCAUGCCAUUACUGGUGGCUUCAGUGGAGGGAGUAAUGCUGAGCCUGCAAGGCCUGACAUCACCUACCAGGAGCCUCAGGGAGCCCAGCCAGGUUACCAGCAGCAGCAGCAGCAGCAGCAGUUCAGCCCCUGCCACUAUGAGAUGAAGCAGUUCUUGGAGUGUGCCCAGAAUCAGGGCGACCUCAAGCUGUGUGAGGGCUUCAGUGAGGUGCUGAAGCAGUGCAGGUUUGCAAAUGGAUUAGCCUAAUUGAGACAUUCAAAAAGAAGAAUGAAAAAAAUCAACUCUGAAGACCAAUCUAAUUUAACAUAAUUCAUAAUUGGUAGUGAAAUGAUAAAGAAAGAUGAGACCAUCACUACUUUGUUUCUUUUGUCUAUUUGUCACUAAUGUCCUUUUUUUUUCAGAACAUCCUUCAAAAGGAAGUUUUCCCACUGGAGAGAAUAACAUGAAAUGAUAUCAAAUGUUGCAAUGAGGCAAAUGCUUAUGUUCUCAUCUAAAUGAAUGAUUGUUAUGUGAGCUCUUAGCAAAAAGGUAUCUUGAGUUGUGACUAGCAAUUCAAAUAAAGUUAUUUCCUCCUGGAUGUGACAUCUGUAA